CCUCGUCGUGUCUAUAAAUAGGGUGGUAAACACCCAUGCAUGCAAAGCCACAAGCAAUUCAACGAGUUACACCUUCCACCGUCAACCGAGGAGCUUUCAGUUGUUGCCGGCCAUGGCGGCGAAGCUCUCCUUGCUACUUCCCGUCACCUGCUUCAUCCUCUUCGUUCUGCAUGCUGUUCAUGUGGAGGCGCGUCCCGAUCCUGCCGCUUUCGGCGACUCCGACAACGGGUUCUACACGCUGUUCGUGUUCGGCGAUUCGUUCGCCGACACCGGCAAUCUCCCCAAGCGCCGACUGAGCGAGCAGUCGCGCGAAUGGUACUACCCCUACGGCCGUGACCGUGGCAACAACCGCCCAACCGGCCGCUUCUCCAACGCCAUGGUCCAGUCCGAUCUCAUCGCACGGAUGCUGGGGCGUCAUGAGGCGCCUCCGACGUACAGGAGGGUGGACAACUACGUGCACCCGCACGGCAUGAACUUCGCCGCCGGCGGCUCCGGCGUGUUCAAGCUGCCGAGCGGCGCGCCGACGCUCGACAAGCAGGUCGACCACUUCAGGGACCUGGUGCAGGACGGCACCAUCACCCGCCGGAACCUCCGUAACUCCAUCGCCCUCGUCGCCGUCUCCGGCAACGACUACGCCCGCCUCGCCAACGUCAACGACACUAGCAAGAUGAUCAAGUUUGUCGAUGAGGUGACGAGCGAGAUCGCGAAGCAGGUGCACAGGCUGAAGAACAACGGGGCGAGGAAGAUCCUGGUGAACAACCUGCACCCCGUCGGCUGCACGCCGUGGGUAACCAGGCCGGGCAACUACUCCGGCUGCAGCUCCACCGGCAACAUGGGCGCCUACCUCCACGGCAGCAACCUCCAACAGAAGCUCUCGCACCUCGACUACGUCCACCAUGUCGACCUCAACACUGCCUUCUCCAACAUCGUCAAUCCCGACCAAGGUUCGAAGCACAAGGUGUCGAGCCAGUUCGAGCACAAGAUGCAGCCGUGCUGCGAGAGCUUGGACCCGAACGGCUUCUGCGGGCAGAAGGGACACGAUGGCAAGGACCUGUUCAGCGUGUGCAACGAUCCGGAGAAGUACUUCUACUGGGACGAUGUGCACCCCACGGAGGCUGGAUGGAAGGCCGUCAUGCAGCAGCUGGAAGGUCCAAUCAAGAAAUUCCUUCGAAUCAACUAGAAAUUGAGAUGGGCGUUAAUUAGGUUUAGAGUGUUUUGGUUUAGGGUUAAUUUUUUACUAUCAGUUUGUGAGAGUUAGUUAUAUAUGUUAGUAAAUUAGGUAAAGAUCCCGAUUGGCUUGAUCGGUGGAUAUUUUGUUUAGCUCGUGUUUUAUUGAACAUCUCGUUUCGUCAGUCCUUUGUUAGUUUAUUAUUAUACUAGCUGGGCUGGGACUAUA